CUCUUCUCCCCCCCCCCACACCCCUUCUCUCUCUCUCUGUCCUCUGCUCUCCCUCGCUCCCUCCCCCGCUCCCUCCCCCUUUAUUCCAUUGGGGAAGCCGGAUUUGUGGCCGUGGUGGGGAGGGGGGGGAGAGAGAGGGAGAGCGAGCGACCGAGCAAGAGCCAUGGAUGGCCCGACACGAUGCAACGGGCUUCGGAGAAAGAGGAGAUCCAGAUCGCAGAGAGAUCGGGAGAGGCGAUCCAAAGGCGGAUUAGGAGGGGCCGCCGCCGGUGGGGCCGGCAGGACCAGGGCUGCCUCGGUCCUCUCUUCCUCAGGCUCGGAGAAGGAAGACAAUGGGAAUCCACCAUCGUCCCGACCCAGACCCCCCAGGAGGAAGAGGCGAGAGCCCUCCUCGGCAGAAGAAGACAUUAUCGAUGGCUUUGCAAUGUGCAGCUUUGUCACUUUUGAAGCUUUGGAGAAGGACGUAGCACUGAAGCCUCAGGAACGUGUGGAAAAGCAUCAGACUCCUCUGGCCAAGAAGAAACGGGAAGCACUUACCAAUGGGCUGUCAUACCAUCCAAAAAAGCACAGACUUAACCAUCACCAGUACAGCUCAGACCGGGAAAAUGACCGCAAUCUUUGCCAACACCUUGGGAAAAGGAAGAAAUUACUGAAGGGGCUCAGACAGGUGGGAGACAAGUUAUUUGUUGGGGGGAAAGGGUUGGAUAUCUUUUCUUGAUAUAUAGU